UGGCGGUCUCUAAUGUCGGAUACAUGGCUGGCUCUGGCUAAGAACGACUCUAUUCGUUCUCUGAACGUAGUCGACUUGGUUCCCAGGCCAGUGACUGCUUUUCGUCAACCCGAGUUUCAAGCCUUUUUGGGCAAGUUGAAGACUGUCGAGAUGUCGGUCUGGGGUGCAGACAAAGGUGCUGGAUGGCUCACACGUACACUGCCUGGCUAUAUGUUAUUCACUUCACAGCUCCGCGAGUUCUUCUUCUGCUGUCUUCUUGCUGUCACGAAACUCUCGCUAAGGGCGUCUCCAACGGGUCUUCCUGGUCUACAAGCACAACUUCAUGGCACCGUUGGGCUGCGUUCCCGAGAUAUGCCAAAUUUGCGACGACUCCACCUUCAGAAUGUGUUCAUCGGUCACGAACUAGUACGAUUUCUCUCUGCUCGUGCUCAGACGCUGGAGUCUUUG